AUGAAGAGGCUUUGCUCUACAACACGAGAAGAUGACUGUUAUUGUUAUCCUGACUCUCGUUACGCAAAAACUGAAGAGAAGUUCAGUCGUCAUAAUUUAAAUCUCACGGAUAGCCACUCCGUUUCUCAGGAUAUACGUGUUCGAGGAGAAAGGGGUUUAGAGGAAGGAGAUAUUGAAAAUCAAAAUAGGCUGGGAUGA